AUGAGUCCGGACACAUGGUCCGGCCUACAUCGACUGUUUGCUGGAGACAGCGAGUUGGAACGAAGAAAAACAUACAGCGAAGGGUCAAAUCGGCUAACAUGGUACCUGCCGAGAAUGACUGCUCUUCCAGAUGGUAGCUCGAAAUUUCCGCGAAUUCAAUACGAAGUUCUUAGUAGGUACGGGCAAAAAAGCGAGGAAAUUCGUCACGACAGCGUCUUUUGGAGUACUGGGCGGAGCAGAUCACUGCCACUGGGCUUCAGUUCGCGUUCAGCAGAUCAGAUCCACGAGAAGGUCCGCAAAGCUGUGGACAGAUGUCGUCGAAGCAUAGUAAUUGAGAAGAGAGCAGCCACGAAAGGACUCGCUGGUUCGCACCAUAGCGAUAUUCCCUAUUAUCUGGAACCACUAAAACAAGUUCUAUUGAACGAAGCUGAAGAAGCUGCUAUGGCUGCACGCGCAACGAUGGUCACAGUUGAUGAGGACGAUGGACAUUGUGAUAGCAAAGAAGCUGUCCAGAAUGAAAUCAGAGCAUUGAAUGCUCUACGGCCCACAUCAACGCCUUCAUUUGGCAUCCGUUCCUUGAGGAUCCCAAGUACACCACUGACAGUGAGCUCUGAUGUUCCAUCCAGGUCAACUCCUGAAACGGAGAAUGGCCCAUCGGGUGCACUGACGUCACUUUUUGACGAUGCUCCUUCGACGUCGUCCACAUCAUGUAUGGAUAGGGACGAGUUCUUCGACUCGAAUAUAACGCUGGCGUUGCUACAAGCAGAACUGAGGGCAGUCGAGAUGAAGAGGGAGUACUAUGCGAAAAAGAUGAAACUCGCGGAAGCUCAAAUGGAAUUGACAGCUCUUCAAAUUGAACAGUAUCGGUUAAGCAUGAAGCAUAACGGUUCUAAGGACACAGUAGAAUAG